AUGACCCUGCCCCACCGGGAGCCUGAGUGCCCGCCCACAGUCUCAGCGGGCACCUUUUCGCUGAUCAUUGAAGCCCUUCACACAGAUUCUCCUGAUGACCUCACAACAGAAAACCCAGAAAGACUCAUCAGCCGCCUGGCCACGCAGAGGCACCUGACUGUGGGCGAGGAGUGGUCUCAGGACCUGCACAGCAGCGGCCGAACAGACCUCAAGUAUUCCUACCGCUUUGUGUGUGACGAGCACUACUACGGGGACGGCUGCUCCGUCUUCUGUCGCCCCCGAGACGACGCCUUCGGCCACUUCACCUGCGGGGAGAGGGGGGAAAAAGUCUGCGAUCCUGGCUGGAAAGGCCAGUACUGCACUGAACCAAUCUGCUUGCCAGGAUGCGACGAGCUGCAUGGGUUUUGUGACAAGCCAGGGGAGUGCAAGUGCAGAGUGGGCUGGCAGAGCCGGUACUGUGACCAGUGCAUCCGGUACCCAGGCUGCCUCCACGGCACCUGCCAGCAGCCCUGGCAGUGCAACUGCCAGGAGGGCUGGGGUGGCCUCUUCUGCAACCAGGACCUGAACUACUGCACACACCACAAGCCCUGCAGGAACGGGGCCACCUGCACUAACACGGGCCAGGGAAGUUACACCUGCUCUUGCCGGCCGGGGUACUCAGGGGCCAACUGUGAGACAGAGAUCGACGAGUGUGGCGCCAGCCCCUGCAGGAAUGGAGGCAGCUGCACGGAUCUUGAGAAUGGCUACUCUUGCACGUGCCCACCCGGCUUCUACGGCAGAAUCUGUGAGCUGAGUGCCAUGGCGUGUGCCGACGGCCCCUGCUUCAACGGGGGACGGUGCUCAGACAACCCCGAAGGAGGGUACACCUGCCGCUGCCCCGUGGGCUUCUCCGGCUUUAACUGUGAGAAGAAGGUGGAUUCCUGCAGCUCUUCACCCUGUUCUCAUGGUGCACAGUGUGUGGACCUUGGUGAUGCUUACCUGUGCCGCUGCCAGGCCGGCUUCUCCGGGAGGCGCUGCGAAGACAACGUGGAUGAUUGUGCCUCCUCCCCGUGUGCCAACGGGGGCACCUGCCGGGACGGCGUGAACGAGUACUCCUGCACCUGCCCCCCAGGUUACACGGGCAGGAACUGCAGUGCCCCUGUCAGCAGGUGCGAGCACGCGCCCUGCCACAACGGGGCCACCUGCCACGAGAGGGACCGGCGUUACCUGUGUGAGUGCGCCCGGGGCUACGGGGGCCCCAACUGCCAGUUCUUGCUGCCUGAGCCGCCCCCGGGCCCGGCGGUGGUGGUGGACCUCACCGAGAAGUACGUGGAGGGCCAGGCCGGGCCCUUCCCCUGGGUGGCCGUCUGCGCCGGCGUGGUGCUUGUCCUCAUGCUGCUGCUGGGCUGUGCCGCCGCCGUGGUCUGCGUGCGGCUCAGGCUGCAGAAGGACCGGCCCCCUGCCGAGCCCUGCCGUGGGGAGGCGGAGACGAUGAACAACCUGGCCAACUGCCAGCGCGAGAAGGACAUCUGUGUCAGCGUCAUCGGGGCCACGCAGAUCAAGAACACCAACAAGAAGGUUGACUUCCACGGGGACCACGGGGCUGAUAAGAACGGUCUCAAGGCCCGCUACCCUGCUGUGGAUUAUAACCUAGUGCAGGACCUCAAGGGCGACGCUGCGGCCGCCGUCAGGGACCCCCAUGGCAAGCGUGACGCCAAGGGCCAGCCCCAGGGCUCUGCAGGGGAGAAGAGCACCCCGACACUCAGGGGUGGAGAAGCACCUGAAAGAAAGAGACCAGACUCCGUGUAUUCUACUUCAAAAGACACAAAGUACCAGUCAGUGUACGUCAUAUCGGAGGAGAAAGACGAGUGCGUCAUAGCGACCGAGCGAGUGCAGCUGCUGCCUCUUACCGCCUGUGAGGACGAGGACGCGUGGCAGCGCAGGAGGCUGCCCGGCUUCCAGAAGUGGGAGCGGGCCCCUGCCUGUGUGGACAGCGGCGGGGUCCCCAAAGCUGUUGUAGAACGGGCCUUCCUCUCCCAGACACGUGUCUUGCACACAAGGGUAGCAGGAAGCCAAGGGAGAGACCUGACCAAGGCCUGUCUCCGAGAGCCCGUGGCUCCUCUGCAGGAGCACGCGGGCAGCCGCCACGGCAGGGGCGUGAGGAGGGCGGCCCAGGGAGGCCUGGAGCCCUGGGACACGGGCCUGUCCUUGGUGCGCCUGCGUCGGUCCCUUCCUCCUGACGUGGUCUAUGUGAGGCGGUGCGGUGGCCUCCACAGAGAGGCCCAAAUAGUGCAGUUCCAGACUGACAGUGAGAAGGAUGUGCAGGGUCCUGCCCCAGCAGCCCUGGGCCUUAGGCCCCACUCCUUUCUGCUGCUGCUGAAGGCGGCGGCUGAUGUGGCUUGA